AUGGAGAAUAACAGUGAUUCCCCCGGCUCGUCUUCACCCUGUCCUUAUACUCACUACCUUACGGAGGAUACAGAGGAGCUCCCAAGGGUUGGUGUCUUUGACCUAAGGUCUGGGCACUCAUGGGAAUCACAAGUUCAUCACGGACAGGUCGAACAGCAAAUCCAACUACAGGAUGGCUACAGCAGACAGGUUGAAGAACAAAUUCAACAACAGCAACAUGCCCUGCAGCCACAAACAGAGCACGACCAGAGCAGGUACUCACAUAUAUUCCAACAGAUACGCACAGAGCAAGAACAACGAGAACUAAUCGCCCAAAACCACGCGCGCCUUGCAGCAGCAAUGCAAGGUCUCCCAUAUCGCACCAAGAAUCAUCAGCCUCCCAUGGAACAACAAACCCAACAUGAAAGACAGCAACGUCUGCGUCUCCGGCUCCGUCGUCGCCACCACCGACAACUAGCCCAACAAGUCCAGGCACAAUUCCGCCAGGAAGGCAUCCCACUCAAAUUGCCUCAGCUCCAAACCAAGAAGGUCAAUCGAGAUGCACACCCGCUUACAGAAAGAAUUCACCCCGAAUUCCACUACAUGACCUCCAUCCUCUCCAGAAAUCUCGCGCCAUUAGUCCAUUGCCAGUCGGGGGUGCCGCACCCUUAUUUUCCGAAAUCAAUCCUCUCGUUUAACCUUCUCACGUCUGCACAGCUGGAUGCCCUAGCUCUGCACUUUGACCAGGUGUAUCCGCCCAAUCAAGCAACAUUCCAUUACCCGCGACCCAUUAAGCCGUGGUUAGCUACGAACGGGUUCGUGAGGAACUUGGGGGUCGACACUGAUGUAAAGAGGAGGCGGUUUGGAAGAUUUAUUGGGCUGAGGGGUUGUGAGAGUCCAGUUAAGGAGAACAACGAUGGCGAGGAGGAGAGCAUGCGUGAGCAGGCUGAGAAGGAGUGGGAGAAUAGGUUAAGAGGGUUCAGGGCUGAGAAGAUGGCGAGGAGUAGAAUGUUGUUUGAGGUGUUGUAUGGGCCAGUAUUGAAAUAG